UGUUUACGGUGCGCGGUUUGGAAACGUGGGAUUCGUGAAAAACAGUUGUGCUGUAGCUGGGAGGAAGAAGGGGGAGCAUCGGGGGUUUGUUUAUGUCGCGGAGGAAGUUUCCUGCAGGAAAAAAGAAAUGAGAGGCCUUUAAUUAUCUCCAAGGGCUUUAGCGUUUUUUUCGGUCUCUUAGGGAGGGUCAGUCUGAAGAAGGCAGCUCUGCGGGUCGCCUGAAAGCAUGGCCGGACUAAGAUAAACAGGGGGGCUAAAAAAAAACAAAAAAAAAACCCCACAAAACAUUACUGUAGGUAGGUUACUGUUUAACUCCAGCUCUCACUGAUCAGCUCUUUCAUUCAGGAUUUGGAGUCGUUUGAUUUAGUUUGGAGAAGUCGGUAUUUGUAUCUUUGGCACCGGCUGGAGCCAUCUUCUCUCUUCCUGUUGAAGGUUAAGGGCUGGAGCAGUGAUGGCGGACGAUGACCUGGAGCAGCAGGAGCCGUUUCCUGUGGAAACAGAUGAGAGGCAGGCGAGGGAUGAAGAGGAGCAACCGGAUGGUGACGUGGAGAUGGGAUGUCAUGAGAAGUUCCACCGUCUUGUCUCCAAAUGGAUGCUCCCAGAACACUUACGCGAAAAGUACCUGGAACGUGCCAACUGCUUUCCACCCCCCAUCUUCAUCAUCCUCAUCAGUAUUGCAGAGCUGGCUGUAUUUAUCUACUAUGCUGUGUGGAAGCCACAGAAGCAGUGGGUGACCCUGGAUGAAGGCAUCUGGAACAGCCCUUUAACCUACAAGCCUGAAUGCAGGCAGGAGGCUUGGCGCUUUAUCUCCUACAUGUUUGUCCACGCCGGUGUGCAGCACAUUUUGGGCAACCUGUUGAUGCAACUGGUGGUGGGAAUCGCGCUGGAGCUGGUGCACAAAGGAUUUGAAGUGGGGAUGGUUUAUCUUUCUGGUGUUCUUGCAGGGUCUCUGGCCAGUUCCAUUUUUGACCCUCUCAGUGCCUUGGUGGGGGCUUCUGGGGGUGUUUAUGCCCUACUCGGCGGUUACUUCAUGAACGCUGUGGUGAAUUUCAGAGAGAUGAUUCCUCUCCUUGGAGUGUUUCGUAUCCUCUUCAUUGUAGUGUUUGUUGGUUUAGAUUUCGGGUUUGCCUUCUACAGAAGAUUUGUCAAACAUGAAGAUGGUUUACAGGUGUCCUUUGUUGCUCACUUUGGAGGAAUUGUGGCAGGAAUGACCGUCGGCUACGUCUUCUUCAGUGCUUACAAUGCAAAGCUACUCAAAGACCCACGUUUCUGGAUUUGUAUAGUGGGCUAUACAAUCUUUGUUCUCUUUGCUGUGUUCUUCAACAUCUUCCUUUCUCCAGCCCCGUAGGAGCAUGAAGCUGCACUCAGGUCCUGUUUUAAACUCUAAAAUUCUUGUGUCACUCAGGAAGCUGAUUUUUACUGAUUUGUUGUAGAGAACGGUUACUUUUCAGGGACCCGAGCACAGACUUGUUGGGGUUUUUUUGCUUGUUUGUUUUUUACUUUGAGCUCUCUUUAGGGCUGAAUUUGUGUGAAAUGGCUCCUCCUGCUGUUUAUGUGUAGUGUUGCUUUUAGACUACGCAGAUGAAAACGUGCCCAUUGAAGCAUUAAUUUUGAACAUGGGGCAGUUAUAUAUGACUUAAUUAACAUAUGUGGUUUACUCUUUCCUUGUGUGUUUUGUUUUGACUUUCUGUAUUUUCCACUGUGUUCUUUUUAUUUGGAUCGUCAAGGACUCCCAUUGAUCCAAUGUUCAUAGAAAAGUUUCUUACAUUGCUUAAAAACACUGUGCACUAGAAGAAAACAUCAUAUUAACAUCUGGCAUCACAUUUUAAGAGAGUUUUUAUAUGUAUGUUUACAUUGAUGUAAUGACUGGAAAAACAGGGUGAGUGUCCUAAAUGCCUCUUCUUUAGCUAUGAAGCCGCUUUACUAUCAAGCGUGUUAUUUUUAAAAAUGUACUUUUUUUUUAACAAAAAAAAUAUUUUUUUGUUAUUGAAACUGUAAAUUAUCUAAGAUUAUGUGUAAACUAUGACAAAAAGACCAAACAGACCUUCUACACUCGUGUUUUCAUAAAUAAGUCACAUUUGUAAAUAUUUUUUUCACAUUAAAUAUGAAACCUCUGAAGAUUUGUUUUGUGUUCCACUUGGUUAAAUCUGGUUUUGAUCAGGUCCACUGGUGGUAUGCGUUUACAUAUUCUGCUCUCUGUGUUCCAGAUGUUGUUGUGGGUAGAGUCAUCAUCCCUCCUUAAUAGCACCUCCUUAAUAGCCUGGGUCGGAUAUAGAUAUAGCCAGUAGGUUAUCUACUAAUAGGUGAUCUGAUUUAAAUGUUUCUGGGUAAUAAAGUAAUGGAAUUAA